AUGGGAGAGUUUGUCAACAUUGUUGUAAGGACUUUAGAUUCUUCAGAAAUAGCUUUACUCCCCCCCCCCCCUCCGUGAGCGAACAAAAAAAUUUUGUUCGCUCACGGAGGGGGGUUAAUUUUUUUUUUUAAAAAAAAUUUAUAUAUAAAUUUUAUAAAAAAUAUUUUUUUCGAAAUUUAAAAAAAUCCUAAUUUGCAAAAAUUGGGAAGCAAAUAUUAUUUAAUUUGCAAAAUUUAUGUUUUAAAACGCAAUUUGUUUAAAAUUAAACAGAAUUAGCUCUAGAUUUCAUUAUACUAAUUAUCACUUAUAUAUCAAAAUUUUUUUCCAUUAAAAUUUUUUCUAUUAAAAAAAUUUUUGUUCACUCACGGAGGGUGGGUUUUUGGUCAAAAAAUGGCGAUUUUUCUAAUGGUUUUGUUCGCUCACGGAGGGGGGGGGGGGGAGUUAGCAAUUUUUUCAUCAGCAAAGAUACAUGAAAUUAAAUAUUUCUUGAACUUGAGAUCUGGAAUCCCAGUUGAAAGACAAAGAUUGCUGUAUAAGGGUAAAUUAUUAAAAAAUGAAGAAUCACUUGAGGAUGCUGGGAUCGGCGAUCUUGAUCAUUUGUUUCUGGUAGGAAAUAUUCAAAGGGAGCCUGAUGCAUACUUACUUAGUUACUUGGUAUUUAAGGUGUCUAGUGCCAGCUCCCAAUGUAAUUAGGGACUAAGCCAACUUUUGACGUCGCUGAGCCAUCUUGAAUUCACGGUGGUCAGCCCAUCGGUCAAGCCUUCUGCGAAGCUCAGCAUUCAGUUCUCCGCACAUCUCACCCGGCGCGUUGCUGUCGCUUGCCCUGAGUCAGCUCCUGCGCGUGUUCCGCCUAAGGGUCAUCUUCCUGUGGAUAUAUGCUGAGAGAUAAAACUCUGACCUCUUGAAUGCACUGAGGAGCUGUUCCUUUAGUUAUCCCAAAAGUUAAAAACUAUGCUGUGCAGAAGUCUAGAGAGAAAACCAACCCCAUAAAUAAAAUUCCAUGAGGGAGAGAAAAAUUGGCGAAGCCAAUUUCGUUGGAACCGAACGCCAUUUUAUUUAUGAGCCCGAUGCAUACACUAUGCUGGCACAGCUGUCACUUUUAAACGCAUUAGAGUCUUACAGGAGAACAAGAUCUCAAAGAAUAGAGCUUACAAAUGAGCAACUCAGAGAAGCACUGAGGCAGAAUUCAUACAUAAUUGAGGACGUUUUGACGAAUUCUUUGUUUCAUUCGUCAUACAGAAAUUUAAGAGUAGGUCAGUGAGUUGACGUUUUAGAUACAGUUAAUCAAUGACUUGAAGCACAAGUGAUCCAAUUGAGAGCUUCAAGCUCACAGAUAGAAGCCCUGAUUCAUUAUAACGGCUGACCUGAUGUAUGAGACGAGUGGAUCAGCAUCGACUCUCCUAGAAUCAUGCCUUUUAGAUCAAAAACAAACCAAUCCCUUGGAAUGGCUGUCCAAUCUCCAUUUCCAAGAAAUUCACCAAUUAACCCAAGAUCAGGCACUGAAGAACUGUCGAUAAUUAUGAUGAAAGCCAGCUGCUACAUUGCAAAUGUAAAAGAAACUCUGCUCAAAUAUUCGCUGCUAAACCAAGCUUUGAAAUCAUUUGGAGAAAUAGGAGGGUUGCUUGGGAUGCCACACGCCUUUGAAAGGCAUGAAUCCCAGUUAAAAUCUGAAGUUCAGCAUAUCCGCACCUUUUCAACGCCUGUUUUUGACAGAGUUGGAAGAAUGAUGACUGAUCUCGGACAGGCGUUAGCAAGGAACGAAGACUUGAAUGUGAAUUUGAUAAAGCUAGAAGAAAGAAUAUAA